AUCAUAUUGUUCCUUUGCAACGGAAGGUCACAAAGUGAUUGCAUAAGUAUCGAGCGCUGUACUACCGUGCUUUCUGUGCAACAAAGUUGUACUGUAUUCAACAAAUUGCCGGAAAUAGGGGCUCGUCGUUUCAUAAGGCCUGACUCUCUCCGUGCUGCAAGUGUUCAAUUCCAACCUCCCAUCGACAUGGAUAAGCAACAUCAAUCCCUCGACCAACUUCCCAAGGCCAUCCAGCAUUUGUGCAUGGAGAGUUUGACGGCGCGAAAAAGCUCGUAUUCACCGUACAGUAAAUUCAAGGUCGGAGCGGCUCUUCUUCUCGAGGACGGAUCUGUCAUUACGGGUUGCAACGUGGAGAAUGCCAGCUACGGCUUGGCCAUUUGUGCCGAACGAACAGCUUGCGUCAAGGCCGUUUCUCAGGGCCAACAAGACAUGAAAGCAAUUGCGAUUGCGGCGGAUCUCGAUGAAGAGUUCGUAGGCCCUUGUGGGGCCUGCCGGCAGUUUAUGUGCGAAUUCAACCCGGACCUUGAGAUCUACUUGGUCCGCCUGGACCAUAAAGUGCAAUUGGUUAACCUUAACCAACUUUUGCCAGACUGCUUUUCGCCCAAGAAGAUGGCUUUUGGAUUUCACAACGGCAACUAAACUUUGAGUGACUGGUCGGAAGACGUUUCUUUAUUACAAAAUUAUUCUUGUAGAAAGGACACCACGAGGGUUUCCUCUCCGAAUGAUAAUAAAUAAGUACAAACAUGAAUAAAUAAUUACCGUUUGCCAUUAA